AUGUCAUCUACAAGGCAAACAGAACAGAUUCGGGAGUUUAUGGCAAUAACCAACGCUACGCGAUCAACUGCCGAGAAGUUCUUAAAGGAGAACCGUUGGUCCUUGGACUACGCUAUUAACGACCUGUAUAAUAGAAGGGAAAACUUUACCAACCAAGACCAUGGGUAUGAUGAACAGCUAGUUGCCACAUACUACCACUACGCCUCUAAAAAUGGAACCAUGGACUCAGAGGCGUUAAUACGCUAUGUCAACAAUUUAGGCUACCAGCUGGAAGAUCCAGUUACCAUCUGUCUUGCCCAUUUAUUGCACGUCGAAAACCUUACAGCGGACAUCAACGAAGACCAAUUUCUGAGCAGAUGGGAUAGUCUACGCUGCAAUAAUAUUGAACAAAUGCAGCGCUAUAUGGACUCGAUGGAGCAGCAACUUCACCAGGAUCCUCGCUAUUUUCAAACAAUUUAUAGCUAUACAUUUGAGCUCGCCCUAGAGGGUGAUGAUCGUCAGCUCAGCAUUGAAACAGCAAUUGCAUACUGGAAACUUCUAUUUAUCAACAAUUCUUAUGCUAGUACAAUACCAUAUGGAAGGCUACAUUCUUGGUUCCAAUUUCUACACGAACAGACAGAGUUCACGAGUAUAAGUAAAGAUACAUGGGAAAUGUUCCUACCAUUCGCGCUAAAGUUCCCAAAUGACAGAGAACUCCUAGCAGGAUACAAUGUCAUGGAAUCCUGGCCAAUAGCAAUAGAUGAAUACUGGGAAUGGUUAAAACUUACACAAUAG